AAAUAAACUAUAUAAUUUUUAAAUGUAAGUCUUAACAGUUUAUGUAGGUUCUGAUCAUGCCGGAUUUUAAUAUAAAAAUGAAUUAAUUAAAUACAUAUAAAAUGAACUUAAAUUCAAAACUAUAGAUUGUGGCACUGAUAGUCAAAAUAGAUGUGAUUAUCCAGAUUUUGCUCUCAAGGUUUGUUCAGAAGUAUUAAAAAAUCAAAAAGACACUUUAGGUGUAUUAGUAUGUGGAAGUGGAAUCGGAAUAUCAAUGUCAGCUAAUAAAUUAAAAGGAAUUCGUUGUGCACUCUGUCAUGAUUAUUACUCUGCAAAAUAUGCUCGUGAAAAUUUGAAUUGCAAUGUAGUUGCUAUGGGAGAAAGGGUAAUAGGAAUUGAUGUUGCUAAAUAAUUAGUAGAAGUUUUUUUAAAAGGAUAAUAUUAGAAAAAUAAUGAUAAUGAAUUAUUCUUAAAUGAACUUGCAAAAUUGGAAGAAUAAAAGUUAUAAUGAUAUAUAUAUUUUUUAUUUAUUUUCAUAAAAUAAAAUUUAC